AUGGAUCGCAGCGCUGUCAAUGUGCCUACUGAUCCGCAGUUGAAGGAGAAUGAUAUCAAUCGCAAACUACAAUUAUAUGGCAUUUACUCUGCAUUCAGGAAUGGAAAAAUCCCAUCGAAUAAACAAAUUGAUGUCGCCCUGAAUAGCCUGUUGGCAUCGGAAGCUUUGUCUUCGCCUACUGAUAAACUGUCUCCUGAAGGUCAAGCCCUCAUCAAAGGUGUGCGAGAAGUGAUUGAGAAUGCCAAAAGAGUUAUCCUGGUUAAAAAUCAGGACGGCUUGAUGCAGGAGUUUGUUUGGGACCUGGAACAUAGUGGAGACCGUUCCGCCCAAGAGACUUCAGAGAGUCCGUUUAACAGAGAGGCCUUGAAAGAAGAUCGUUCUCAAGCUGUGGAGGGACUGAGAACUCUAGGCACUCUGUUGAUAACCAAUGGCCAGUUCCGGAAGCUUCUUCGUGAUGCGAUGAUUUUGAUGCGUGAUAUGGCCAGUGAUGUUGCCCAAAGAGCGGCGGGACAGAUCAGACCUUCACAGGAGGAGAUGGCCGGGAUAGACGAACCGGCGGAAAGAAAUGUUUGGCACGAUAAGCCGGAUUUCUCAAAGGACAAGCUAGCGUCUCAGUUCAUAUCGCAGGCGGGAGAAAUGAAGGUGCAGGCCAAAAGAACUGCCCAGGAAGCGGCGGAGACUGCAGAUCAAGCAGCCCGUCCAGAUGGUCCGCAGUCUGGCGUUGAUGUAGCUUCUGGUGCCACUGCUGGAACUCAAGUUGCCCGUGAAAGAGUAUCUGAGAAUGUUCCUGAAGAAGCCAAGUCCCAAUCCCGCGAAUUUACUGAGAAAACGAGGAAUUUUCUCCGUGAGAAAAUGCCUCAAGAGCGACGUGAUCAAACUAUUUGGCGAUUGAAAAGAACGGUUGUCGAAAUACAAGGCCAUUCUGAAUACCAGCAAGCAAUUGAAACUCUCCUUUCGCUUGUGGAAAUUUAUAGUGGCCAUGGCAAAGAUGCCUCUCAGCAGGGGGCUACGAUAAUAAAAGGGUUGUUAGAGGAACACAAAGAUUCGAUAGGGCGGUUGAGGACAAUCCUCGAACGUUUCGCGAACAGCACCUCAAUGGGCGAUCUUCUCGAUUACAUCAGAGACUUCUAUCAUGCCGCCGAUGAGGAUCCUCGAUUGAAAGACUGGUUUAGAUCGGUGAACACCUUCAUCAGGAAGUGUCUUCGAGAGCAAGGCUAUGUUCUGGAGGAUUCAGCAAAUGAUCAAUGGAACAGCCUUUAUGACGAAGGUCAAUUCCUACUUCGUGACCGCUACCGCGAUAAUACCAAUCUCGUAGUGGAUGAGAUAAAAUUCCUUGCCGAACAGUUUGACCAAGACCCUUUGAACAAAGCUUUCAGCAAUUCUUUACAAAAGCUUUUCCAUGAUCUUGGCUAUGAUGCCAACGGAAAGAUGGUUUUUAAGAAACACCUCAGGAAAGAUGUCACCGAUAUUAUCCUACCUAUCAUCUUUGAGAAAAUACGCUAUGUUCCAUUGCCACGCAUCGAGGUGUCCGACCCUAUGGCCGAUGUGGUGGUCGAGAAUCUCGUUAUUGAAAGUGACAAUCUCCUGCCCAAUGCCAUCGAGUUUAGUACCGACAACUAUUGGCGAUGGGGUCGUAAAAAGAUUACAAACAAACAUACAAAUAAGCUCAUGAUAUCAGCAACAGGAAUACAAACCGACUGGAAAGACGUCAGUUACUAUAUCAAGAAAAAAUCAGGUUUCCCAUCUAUCACCGAUACUGGAGUGAUGGACAUACUCAUGCAUGGCGAGGGUUUCAGCUUCCAGAUUUCGGGGUCUAUCAUUGAAUCACCUGAUAGGCUAUUCAAACCCGACAAAGUCAAGGUCGAUGUCAAAAACCUAGACAUUAAGCUCAAGAAGUCGAAACAUAAGUUCCUUUUCACGAUCUUCAAGCCCCUCCUCUUCAGUGUCGUUCGCACCGCUGUGGAGAAGGUCCUGGAGAAGAAAAUCAGCGAAAGUUUCACUAAAGCUGACCAAUUUGCAUACAACGUCCAUAAAGAAGCGCGACGUUCUUGGGAGGCAUCGCGCGACGACCAGGAUCAAACACACAACCUUUAUUCGUACUACGUCGAUGCACUACGGAAGCAAAUCAUGGAGCUCAGGGAGAAAGCCGCCGAAACAGAGGCCGUGAAAAAGCGAGACACUAAAGUCAAACUUGCUGUCACCGCUGCUGACUCUCUUUUCAAGGAUAUCAAACUGCCAGGUGGUAUAUCCUCCAAGGCUACAGAGUACGAGGAACUUGCUACCAAGGGUGAUAGAUGGGAAUCGCCUGUGUUCAGCAUCGGCGAGGCCAGUCAAUCUACAGACUAUCCUCGUCUAGCUCCCAUUACGCGGAAGACUCGGAAGUCUCUUGGGGACACUAACGGCCAAUUUAAUCAGCUUGAAGGCAAACGCGCUAUUGGAGGAACGAGAGUUGGAGGGCGUCCCCCUGUAGUCCCAGAAGUCAACCUUGGGGUGUAG